AACGCUCAUCUGAUGAAAAUCUUAUUUGGCCACAAAAUACCACUAACCAGUUGAGAUCAUCGUUUUCGCUCAUCAACCAUGUAUUGCAGAAGCACAAAUCUCCUCCUAAACCCCAUCUCUCACCGCACCCCACAAUGCCCCAAAUCCCCACCACCUCCAUCAAUCCAAUUCAACAGUCAAAGCCGGCGACAAUUGCUAUUAUUACUAACAGCAACGACGGCCGUUACGGCAAUGGAGACGCCGUCAAUGGCAGCGGACAUAGGGCUGUUUGGAUUGAGGAAGAAGCUUAAGAAGGCCGAGGAGGAAGCGGAGGUGAUCGUGAAGGAAGGGUUUGAAGCGGCGGAGAAGGGGGUUGAGGCGGCGGAGAAGGGGGUUGAGGCGGUGGAGAGAGAGGUUGAGGCGGCGGAGAAGGAGGUGAGUUUUGGGUUUGGUGGUGGUUUGACGCAGGCUGGUGUGGUGGUUGGGGCGGAGGCGGUUGGGGUUUUGGUUGCCACGUCGAUUGUUAAUGGAAUAUUAGGGCCGGAAUCGAGUUGAUGAAGUUUUGAUUUCUGGUAAUUAAGUUGUUGUUGUUGUUUAAGUUCAAUCACUUAUUUGAAUUGCAUUGUAUGGUAUGUAUAUCAGGUAAGAGUAAUUAUGUCUUAAUAAUAUGUCUUGAGUGGGUUAUUUUUUUAGAACGGCUAACUUACA